AUGGAGGAGGAUGUCCCUCAGCCUCCACAGAUGGAGCAUGCCGCUGAUGAUAUUCAUGAUACUUCUGCACAUGCUAAUGAUGCUGAUGAGUCGAAUGAUGCUGCUGAUAUUGAUGAUCAGGAUCAGCAGAACGGAUUUCCCGGAGGACCGACGGUGACAUGUCUGUUGACACAGUACGAGCAUCAUGUGGCUCGGAGGUUAUGGGAAAGAGAGGAUCGUGGAUCACUAAAGGUAAUUACUCACGGAUUGAAACUGAAGAAGUUUGCGGAAGUUUCUAUGCCAGCUCCUGUAGAGCAUUGGAUUCAGAAAUCUGGGCUGAUGUAUCUAUCUUCAGGCUACCUCACAAUGGCUGAUGUUGGUGCAACAUGGGAGGAAGCAUGUGCUGAGAUUAGUUAUAAUGAAUGUGCCCAAUAUAGAUUGCAAUGGUUGCGUGAUUUAUAUAGUUGUCUCAUUCAAACUAACCAGUUUGAGUGUGCGACUAGAACGUAUCUUUUGCAUUUAGUUGGCUGCACUAUUUUCGCCGAUAAAACACAUACGUGUGUUGAGGCGAAAUACAUUACUCUUUUUAUUGAUUUACAUCGUUGUCGAGACUACUCGUGGGCUUCCGUGGCAUUGGUUUUCCUUUAUGACAACUUGGAAGAUGGAGUUGUCCACGACACUCGACAGCUGGGAGGUUACAUGACCCUACUGCAAUGUUGGAUUUACGAGCACUUUCCUAGGAUCUGUAAGCGGGGUGAUAGAGGAGCGGUUCUUGCGCAUCUUCUAAGAGCAUGUAGGUGGACUACAAAACAUGCUGUUAAAGGUGGAUUGAUGGCAUAUCGUCGGAGACUUGAUGCGUUGUUGCUCGAGGAUGUAGUGUUUACACCAUAUGAUGAUGAUCGAGCUAAUCAUCCGUUUUUUGGUCGUAUUAAGUGCAUUCCGCGUGACGUUCCUCCGAUGUCGGAAAAUAUAGAUUGGGUCUGUCAGAGUACUGUGAGAUCAUCUGUAAAGACCUUUCGGAGACAGUAUCCUGUUGCGACUUUUCCUGGAGAGGUCACUGCAGACUACUAUGCAUGGUACAUUAGUGUUUCACAUCCUAUGAUUCUCCCUCCAUCCACUGUUGCACCUUCGAGUCCACAUACUAUUGUUGCUGCACAUGCGGGUCCAUCAUCGUCUGCACAUGAUGGUAGAGAUCGUAGAGCAGCUGAGCUUGCACAUAGGGCCUUAGAUAUGGUAACACCAUUUAGUGAGAUUCAUGACAUAUUGAGUGAAUUAUGUCGCUUGUAUGACGAUUAG